GACACGCCGAUAGUAUCGCAUAAGCUACGAGUUAAGUCCAGCUCUAAUUUUUUUGGCGUGUAGCUGUAGCAGAAGCAAAAGGAAGCCGCUUGUGAAAAAUUUCAACUGCCAUCAGCAAGCACUGAACCUGAGAAAAUCAGCACGCCCGGCAUUCGACGCACCGCAAAAAAAAAACUUCUUUGACCACUCAGCAGCUCCGACGAGCAACAAAAAAUCAACAUGUCUGACGAAAAGAAAGGCGGUGAGACAGAGCACAUCAACCUGAAGGUCCUCGGCCAGGAUAACGCCGUCGUCCAGUUCAAGAUCAAGAAGCACACACCCUUGAGGAAGCUGAUGAACGCUUACUGCGACCGUGCCGGACUCUCCAUGCAGGUGGUGCGCUUCCGCUUCGACGGACAGCCCAUCAACGAGAACGACACCCCGACCUCGCUGGAGAUGGAGGAGGGCGACACCAUCGAGGUUUACCAGCAGCAGACCGGCGGCGCUCUAUAAAAUUACUUAGUUAAGUUAGUUACAACACCCCUUAUAACUACAAACAUUAAACAAAAAAAAAAAAGAAACAAAAACAUGAAGAAUCCAGCAACAAACAGGCAGUAAGCAUUGAUUGAAUAUGAAACAAGAGUGCGUUUAGUACAACUGUAGAUUCUGUCUGUAUGCGUGACCACAACAAACAAAAACUUUUGCAGACAAGAAAAUGGUAAAUAAAGCAUUUUAUAAACUACACAAA